AUGGACUACAGUUUAGAAGUUCUCUUGCGUGUGGUAAAGCGUAAGAAGGAGUUCGAGAUCCGCUGGCCUACUCACGACGAUCAGAAAGCGUCGGCAGCACCCUUGGAAAAUAACAGAAUCAAUGAGCCGCUGUUACAGGGCGUUUUUGCCGUGACAGAUGGAGGACGAAUGGCCUGUGCGGACUUUACAAACGCAAACUUGCAAAAUGCCUACUUUGAGGGAUACACCCAGGCUGUCGAAGUCACAAACCUUUUCGUCUUCAACUUUUUCCGGGAGUUGAUCCAUGCUGCGGUAAACUACCCCGGUAGCUAG